AUGGCCAUUAUAGGCUACAAGAAUUACUGGCCCCUGCGUGGAGAUCACAGCAAUUUUCUCGAAUGCGCAUAUCGUACGGAUUGUACAGUAAUACAGAAGUGCAACCACACAAAGAGCGGCGUGUACCGAGUGUUUCCGUUCGGAGUGGGAAAAGGCUUCCUUGUGUACUGUGACAUGGUGACGCAGGGAGGUGGAUGGUUGGUGUUUCAAAGACGACAAGAUGGCUCUGUUGACUUCUUUCGUGACUGGCAGAAGUACACCGAUGGGUUUGGUAACCUCUACGGGGAGUUCUGGUUGGGCCUGCAAAAGAUUCAUCUCUUGACCUCUCAGGCGCACUUUGAACUCCUCGUGAAUAUGAGAAGCUACACCCUGGGAACGGGUUACGCUUCCUACAGCAGAUUCCGUGUGGCAGACGAGUCUCACAACUUCCGGCUCUUACUGGGCACAUUCAAGGGGAAUGCCGGUGACUCAAUGGAUCACCAAAAUGGCUUGGAGUUUUCCACAUAUGACCGAGAUAAGGACUACGCCGGUGGGAGCUGUGCUGCGACAUAUCAUGGGGCAUGGUGGUACAAUAGUUGCCAUUACAGUAAUCUGAAUGGGCUGUAUGUUCAUGUGAAGGGGAAGUCCACAGUAAAUACUUCAUCAGUCACGUGGUACAAAUGGUCGUCUAAACAUCUCCCUCUUCAGUUCAGCGAGAUGAAGAUACGCCCGGUGAAAAUCAAUUAAAAAGACGAUACACGUGAUAGAUUAUUAAUUAUGGGCGAAGACAGAUCAAAAGUUCGUGAUAAUUGUUUCUUUUGAACUUUCACUUGAUCUUUCUUUUUUCCUUUUCUUUUCCUGUUUUUAACCUUUUCAAAUGAUGUUAAAACAAAAAAUAUUAAAUAACUCAA